CAACUUUCUGUUAUAUUCUCAAUGCCUAAUUGUCAAGAGGAAGCCUCAUUCGAUCCUGAUCAUUAUCCUGAGGGGCCCAACAAGAAAUUCUUGGAAGGCUCCGAGCAGGAGCUGUUGGAUGAGUAUCUCCCAAAGUUUGAAGGAGAUCGACAACUGAAAAACCAUCUUGACAAUGUACUUCACAUACUCGAUCUUAAGGAUAACAUGGUGAGUGUUGAUGUUGGUGCUGGUACCGGUCUGUUCACACGAGAGUUAGCCAAAUGCGCCGGUGCUAAAGUUUACGCCACGGAGAUCUCUCCUGGAUUUCUGGAAUACCUAAAAGAGGACAGUCGCCUCGACAAGAAUCGGGUGCAUCUCAUCAAAUGUACAGAAGAGAGCCUCUGCCUCCCUGAGGAGGUGAAGGGCACCGUAGACCUCGUUCUGGUCUGCGAUGUCUAUCAUCACUUGACACAUCCACAAGCCGUCUUGAGGGAUAUCAAGGCCGCUCUAAAGGGUGAAGGCAGGCUCGUUCUCAUAGACCAUUGGAGAGACCCCAAAAAGGCGAGUCACCCAGAUGAGGAUUGGGUUUUCUCUCACAUACGAGGAGACAAGGAAGAUUUUGUCCGGGAAGUCGUUGCUGCUGGUUUCCGUGUUGUUGAGGAGCCAGAGAUCCAAGGGGUCGAGGAAAAUUACGCUGUUGUUUUCGAGAAGACGCUCUAAUGAUGUACACACUGCGCGGGGCUUUCUAAAAAGCUUGUGAAUCUGUUUUCCUUUUCUGACGGUG